AUGAUAUGUAAGGACGCAAGGCUUGUACAUUUGGAGCACCACCAGCUUAACCACAAAUAUCGCAGCGAUGAUCAGCAGCAUCUAGCGCACUCGAAGAAAAUAAAUUCGGGUGUACACGAAAGCUUAUCGCACUUUAUAUCAUCAAUAUUACAGCCGUUAUCGAUUCUGGAAAUGGGGCAGCUGGUAUCCUGGCUAGGGUCAGUUCCACCAUAA